AUGUAUGAGACUAUAUACGAAAAUGCUCUGAAAGCACUGAGGGAGGAAGGCUUGAAGACUGUGCUCAUCAAUCCAAAUGUCGCGACCGUACAGACUUCCAAAGGUUUCGCGGAUUUUACAUAUUUCUUGCCCAUUACGAAGGAAUAUGUGGUCGAUGUGAUCAAAAAGGAACGACCUACAGGCAUUUUAUGCACAUUUGGAGGACAAACUGCCCUGAACUGCGCUAUAGACCUCUACAAAGAUGGAGUCUUUGAGCAGUACAAUGUUCAGGUCCUCGGAACUCCCAUCCAAACAAUUAUGAAUACUGAAGAUCGUGAAAAAUUCAACGAAGAAGUCACCAGUAUAGGAGAGGAGGUGGCACCAAGUAGAGCUGCUACUACCCUUGAAGGGGCGAUUGAGGCUGCGGAAAUGGUGAGGGAAAUGUUAGAGCUUGGUUACCCAGUGCUGGUUAGAGCAGCAUUUGCUUUGGGUGGUCUUGGAUCAGGCUUUGCUGACAACCGCGCGGAGCUGGUAGCAAUUGCGCAACAAGCGCUGGCACAUUCUGAUCAAGUUUUGAUUGAUAAGAGUCUGAAGGGAUGGAAAGAGAUCGAAUAUGAGGUGGUGCGCGACGCUUACGAUAACUGUGUUACCGUAUGUAAUAUGGAAAAUGUGGAUCCGCUAGGCAUACAUACCGGAGAAUCUGUCGUGGUAGCCCCUUCACAAACCCUGUCUGACAAAGAGUACAACAUGCUACGGACAUGUGCCAUCAAAGUGAUUCGUCAUCUUGGAAUCAUUGGAGAAUGCAAUAUACAGUAUGCACUAGAUCCCUCAUCACAUACUUACUACAUUAUCGAAGUGAAUGCGAGAUUAUCAAGAUCAUCAGCGUUGGCCUCAAAAGCCACUGGAUAUCCUCUAGCGUAUGUGGCUGCGAAAUUGGCGCUUGGUGCCAGAUUACCGAUGAUAAAGAAUAGUGUGACAGGUACAACCACAGCCUGCUUUGAACCUUCCCUGGAUUACUGUGUAGUGAAAAUUCCGCGCUGGGACUUGGGAAAGUUCGCCAGAGUGAGCCAACAGAUUGGCAGCUCAAUGAAAUCGGUUGGAGAAGUGAUGGGUAUUGGGCGCUCAUUUGAGGAAGCCUUUCAAAAAGCUCUCAGAAUGGUUAGCGAUCAUGCCGAUGGUUUUUCACCGUACACAUUCCCAAGGCAACCCACGGAUGAGGUAUCGGAUCUUGAAAAACCUACGGAUAAACGGAUGUUUGCGUUGGCUAGAGGAAUGUAUCAUGGUGACUUUGAUGUGGAAAAGGCCUAUAAACUCACACACAUUGAUCGCUGGUUCCUGUAUAGAAUGAACAAUAUAGUGGAGAUCUAUCACAAAUUGGAGAAGGAAACGCUUUGCACUCUAUCAGCGCAGUUAUUACUGGAGGCCAAGCAAGCUGGUUUCUCCGAUAGGCAAAUUGCAAAGAAGAUUGGCAGCACCGAGUACAUGGUGCGUGGGCGUCGCCUACGCCUCAAAGUGACUCCUUGCGUGAAACAGAUUGAUACUGUAGCCGGAGAGUGGCCAGCACAGACUAACUACCUCUAUGUCACCUACAAUGGUAAAAAUGCCGUCAUCGUGCUUGGUUCGGGAGUUUACCGCAUUGGGUCGUCUGUUGAGUUUGAUGCAAGUUGUGUUGGAUGUGUCAGAGAGCUGAAGGCUCUUGGCUAUCAAACGAUUACCGUAAAUUGCAAUCCUGAGACGGUUUCAACGGACUACGAUAUGUGUGAUCGCCUAUACUUUGAAGAGAUCUCGUUCGAGACAGUAAUCGAUAUCUAUCAUAUGGAGAGGCCAAAAGGUGUCAUCUUGGCUUUUGGCGGUCAAGCUCCGAACAAUAUCGCGAUGAGCUUGAGCAAAGCGCAGGUUAACAUCUUCGGUACUUCCCCGAAUGACAUCGAUAGUGCUGAAGAUCGCUUCAAAUUCAGUCGCAAGUUGGAGAGUUUGCAGAUCACUCAACCGCUUUGGAAGAAGAGUGAUAACAUCGAAGAUGCAAAGGUUGCCGUGAUCUCCCUGCUCUUCUGCGCCAAAGUCGGUUAUCCUUGCCUUAUUCGACCGUCGUAUGUACUCUCUGGAGCUGCUAUGAAUGUGGCUCACAACGAGGACGAUUUGGCUGCGUUCUUGAAGCAAGCCGCUGUGAUCGCGAAAGAACAUCCUGUAGUUGUUUCGAAAUUCAUCAAUGAAGCAAAAGAGAUUGACGUUGAUGCAGUAGUUAAAGAUGGAGAAGUGCUAGUGAUGGCUGUGAGUGAGCAUGUAGAAAAUGCUGGAACUCACUCAGGAGAUGCUACACUAGUCACGCCUCCUCAGGAUUUGAAUCAGGAUAAUGAACUCAAAGUCAUCGAAUGUAAUCUACGAGUGUCGCGAUCGUUCCCAUUUGUCUCAAAAACGCUCGAUUUCGACUUUGUUGCAUUGGCUACACGAGCGAUGAUGAGCGUGGACAAUCCAGCUAUCGGCAGUUCGCUGAAGAGACAUGGAUUGUUAAGAGGCAAAGGUCGAGUUGGUGUGAAGGCACCACAAUUUUCCUUCUCACGUCUUGCUGGUGCUGAUGUGAUGCUGGGUGUGGAGAUGGCCUCGACUGGAGAAGUGGGAUGCUUUGGAAUCAAUCGUCAAGAGGCCUAUCUCAAGGCUUUAUUGUCAACUGGCUUUACUGUACCGAAAAAGAACAUAUUUCUGUCGAUAGGUGGAUAUCAUGCCAAAGCUGAGAUGCUAAGAAGCGUUCAAAUUCUGCAGAAGCUAGGAUUCGAUUUGUUUGGGUCAAAGGGAACAGCUGAUUAUUUCCAAUCUAAUGAUAUUAACAUAAAAGCUGUUGAUUGGCCAUUUGAGGAAGGUUCAAGUGAUGAGAAAACAGGAGCUGGGACAAGAUCAGUGGCAGAGUUUUUGGACAACAAAGAGUUUCACUUAGUGAUCAAUCUACCUAUUCGCGGUUCUGGUGCUUAUCGCGUGUCAGCGUAUAGGUAUGUCACCUGGCCACCACCAAUUUUUCGAGCAGAUUCACCGCUCAUGUGUUUUCUUAUUGGUUCAUCAUCUCACUUUCUUAGGACACAUGGUUACAAAACCAGAAGGAUGGCGAUAGAUAAUGGAAUACCUUUGAUCACCGACAUCAAAUGUGCAAAGUUGUUUAUUGAAGUGAGUUUUGAUAGUCUUGGAAAUCGUUCUUGUGGAAUUAAAACUUUUGCGCAAAAGCGAUUUCUCCGUUUUCAGGCCCUGAGAACGGUCGGACCACUUCCUUCAGUGAAUUCACAAAUUGACUGUAUAGCCAGUCGAAGUCUGAAACGGCUACCUGGGCUCAUUGACAUUCAUGUGCAUGUUAGGGAGCCUGGAGCAACACAUAAGGAGGACUGGACUACAUGUACACGGGCAGCCUUAGCUGGAGGAAUAACUCAAAUCUUAGCUAUGCCCAACACAAAUCCUCCUCUUAUCGAUUUGGAAAGUUAUCAGAUGACUGAGAAGCUGGCAGCAAAGCAAGCGGUCGUUGAUUACGCUCUUUACGUUGGUGCCACCCCUCGGAAUGCUCGUGUGGCUGCGGAUAUGGCUGGUAUGGUAGCUGGUCUGAAAAUGUUCCUCAAUCAGACUUUCUCUACCCUGCAGAUGGAUUCGGUCUCGGACUGGGUCAAGCAUUUCGAGUCAUUCCCGAGCUCUAGACCGAUUGUCUGCCAUGCUGAGAGGCAGACACUGGCAGCAGUGCUGUGUGUGGCUCAAAUGGCUGGUCGUGCAGGUGCGUUUCAUUAAUU